UUAGAAUGCAGCCCAUUUGGUAUCGUCGCCUUCCCCAUCGCCUCUGCUUGGACUUGAGCAGUGGGGAAGAAUAGAAGCAGCUGUCGUCUCUUCCCGGGAUCGGACGCACUCAGCUUGCAAAGGGGUAGGAGGCGAGGUCGAUCGCGAGGAGGAGAGACGAGAGAAGAGAAGAGGGGGACGAGGGGGAAGAUGAGCGAAGAGAGGCCAGUGCCGCGGCGGGAGAGCCCGUGGGGUUUGCCGGAGGGCGACACGAGGCAGCCCAAGGCACACCGCUGCAACGACCGCGCCGAGGACGUCGUCCAGGCUGUCUUUGAAGGGAAUCCAUUCAAGACAGUUCCGGGUCCAUUCAAGCUUUUCUGGCAAUGCAUGCGAUCGAAACCUGGGGAGGAACCAACGGAGCCCUAUACUUACCUGCAGCUGGAUCCUCCGAGAAGGGUGGAAGUCAAUCUGGAACAACCGGCAUCCGAGUCUUGAACAAGCGUGCCUAGUCUAUCUCGUACGAAUUUUCCAUCGCCUUUCAAGCAGCAGCUUUUUCCUCAUAGGGUUCAUAUCAUGUAACCACAAAGCUGCUUAUGUUUGGAUGUUUAUAAUCUAAUAAACCCUGACCCACAGAGCUGCCUUUCCAUGCUGCGAACUCAUUGAAAUCGCUGUUUCUUAUGCAAGAACUGUGCUUUUUUUGUACUGAAAUGCGACGUGCUGGUCCAGUUCACUUGAGCA